AAUGGCGUCUAUUUUGAGUUCGCGCAAAGUAAAGAAAAACGGAGCGCAGCUCGAUGAGUCUGGCGUUUUUCAUCGUCGCGACGAUGUUUUGAGCCGGCAAAACGGUAUAUUGGCCAGCUUUUGACUGUCAACAAGAUGUCGGACGUCGAAGAGGCCUGCAAAAGCGUCAUCGCUUGUGUGGAAGCGGCCGUGUCACCCACGACAACACCCGAACGAAGAGCGGAGGCCUACCACGCUUAUGAAGAUUUCAAGGAAAAGUCGCCGCUCUGUGCAAAGUGUGGCUUCGUGCUUGCCGCCAAGGGUAACCAUGCCGUGGUCCGCCACAUCGGACUGCAGCUCGUGGAGCACUGUAUCAAGUUUCGCUGGAACGUGAUGGCGAUUGAUGACAAGCACUUCAUCAAGGACAACGUCAUGAAGAUGAUGGCAGAGGGCACAGACCACCUCCUCGUGGAGCAAGCCCACAUCAAGGACGCACUCGCAAAGUUGCUUGUGGAAAUGAUCAAGCGCGAGUGGCCCCAGCAGUGGCCACAACUCAUGAAGGAGCUGAAUGACCUGGCCGUUAUCGGGGAGACGCAGAAAGAGUUGGUGCUGCUGACGUUUCUGCGGCUAGCCGAGGACGUGGUGGACCUGCAGACGGUGGAGGGAGCGCGACGGCGAGACCUGUACCAAGCUCUCGUGAAGGAGCGGCGGGACAUCUGCGGCUUCUUCGUGCGCACCCUCGAGACUCACUACGGCCGAUACCGGGACCUGAGAGACAACCAGAAUGCAGGCGAAAGCAACCAAGAGCUGUCCCUGCACCGGCAGCUGACCGAGACCACGCUGCUCUCGAUGGCGGGCUUCAUAGAGUGGACGCCCUUGAAAGAAGUGAUGGAAUCAGACGGCCUCCUGCCCCGCAUCUUCUGCUACCUCCUCUCGGACAGGGACCUGCGCAUACAGGCGGCCGAGUGUCUACUGCAAGUGCUCGGCCAGAAGCCCAAGAAGGACGAGCAAAAGCUGGUGCUGGCGCUGUUCAACCAGGACACUCUGAACGCCAUCGCCUCCGCUCUGACGUCUGCAUCCAGUGAACCCUUGAAUGAGGCCUCUUUCCUCUUCAUGAAGAAACUGUGCUCGAUCACGGCCAGCCUCGGACAGAACUGCGUCACGCAUUGGAGCCUGGAACCUGAGCGGCCCUCAAUGGAACUCUUUGCAGUCUACCUCGACUUCUUGCUAUCCCUGAUGCAGCAUCCAAGCCAGGCCAUCAACGGCAUCACCCUGCCUGUGUGGGCGUCCCUGUUUCGACAUUCUGAAGUCUCCCACCUGGACAUCGUGCGCAACCUGCUGCCAAAGUUCUUCAAGGUUGCCACCGAGAAGUUAUCAAAGGUCGGCUACCCUUCCAGAAACGACAGUCCAGCCUGUGCUUACGCUCGGCUCGACUUUGACAGUGACGAUGACUUCGCACCAUUUCUAGGCAAAUUCAGGGGAGACCUUACAGAGGCCAUUCGCCUGGCCACCCUGCUGAAUCCUAUCGCCGGCUUCCAGAUGGUGAGCCAGUGGCUACAGACACUGCUUGUGGCCAAAAUUGAAGUAGGAAACGAACCCGACAAUGGCCACUGUUCACUCAACUCGCCGUCUAGCGUACGUUGGGACGCCCUUGCCACGUUCAUGGAUGGCGUGUUCAGCCGGUUCCUGUCCUCUCCUAACCCCAAGCCAAGCGCAGAAGAGGGCAUCUUCCUACUGGAGUCACUGCUCAAUUUCGAAACGGAGGAUCCAGUGAUUCAAUCCUACGCCCUGUCCUGCAUAUCCAGCCUGGGUAUCUUCCUCACGCUUGCACCGGGAAGUCUGCCCAACGUGCUGAACAAGCUCUUCUCCUGUGCCGUCUUCACGUUGCCGAAGCAGCCGGCGACGGUCCAGAGCCGUGCCUUGCGGAACCUGAGGCGGCAUGCGUGCGCCGGACUAGUCAAGCUGUGCCAUCUCUACCCGAAGCUUGUCAUGCCCUGUUUCGACCAGAUCUACUCUUCGGUGAAGAGAAUACAGGCGCAAGACAAACUGAUCACGCAACUCGAAGCAUGUACUCUCAUCGAAGCGUUGCUCCUUUUGAGCAACGAGUUCAACAAUUACGAGCGUCAAUGCAAGUUCAUCGUUGAGGUAGUUUCUCCUGCCACCGCCAUAUUGGCAAGAAAUGAAAUGAAAGUGGUGGCGUCAUCACCCGAAGCGUUCAUGUCAUUUAUUGGUCUCACCGAAGCACCAGUGGAGGCCACGGCCGAUGACAGUAGUGGAUACAAUCGCUCCCAGCUUCUACACUGCGUCAAUAUCUUCAUGGCUCUCAUCAAGCGAUGCAAGUGGCCUGACGACAUUGAGGUGGCCAAGAGAGGGGGCUUCUACUGCGAGGGCAGUCAGACUUAUCAUUCCGCAUAUUGCCGGAACGCAGCAACGCCUUACGUGGUGUCCCUGCUCCCAAUCAUGGCUCAGUUGCUAAGGACUUACAACCACUUUUGGAGCCCGGAGAUGCGUGCCAGGGUGCAUCCAGCGUUUGUACCAGCCCUCGAUAUACACGACAGUGAGAAGAAUAGCAUCCUUGGUGUUCGAGCCGACGGAGAGGCAUCAGAGAGCUUGGGAUCGAAGCAGCCCAUUGACCGUGCAAAGAGCUUCAUGUGCACAUUUCAAGACUAUUGCUUGCAGAUUCUCGGCAAUGCGGGUCAGUCGCUGGGUCCCGAGUACUACCAUACGCCGGGUUUGUCCGACAUGCUCGUCAACGGAGUGUUGGCGGGCCUCGAGCAGCUUCCAGACUACAGGCUACGACCCAUCGCACGCGUCUUUCUGAGGCCCUUCGUGCAGCGUUGCCCAGCCGAGCUUCAGCCCACGGUAGUGUUGCCACUGCUCAAGCCCGUCCUUCCGUUUGUGUUUCAGAAGCUCAAUGCCAAGUGGGAGAAGUUCAGGCUCAAAUAUGCCAACUGUGUUGACUACGAGACAGAAAUGACCGAGGAGCAGGAACUGCUGGACGACCAGCUGAACCGUCUGCUGUCGCGGGAAUACCUUGACGUUUUAGCGGCCAUCCUGCUGACCAAGCGAGGCCAGCCGGAUGCCAGCCUCAACAGCAUGAAUGAAGACCAGGAAGGGAAGCAGGUGGAUUCGAGCGCGGCAACGAUCUCUGCAUUCGGAGCGACCGUUCUCAAGACUGAGGAACUGUGCUCACCCGUUGUGAUGGCGGUGUUCAACGCAUUGCACUGGUCCGACACCGCUGCCUCAUUCAAGGCCUUGCAAUUGAGCAUGCCCUUGGUGAAACUUAUGUUUGAGAACGGUUUCGUUCGAGAUGAAGGCAGCGCGGCGUACCUCCUCCGGUGCGUGCUCAUGGGGCUGCAGGUGUUGGGUGAACAUGACAUCAACCAGACCCUGCUGGUGUCUCUUGGACUGGCCGUGUACCAGGCGGCGCGGCCCCUCUUUCCCGGCCUCUGCACCACCUUGCUCCAGAUACCCGGAUGCACUCCGGAGGCCCUGGAGGCCUUUGAGACGCAGCUCCAUCCCCCGGGCGACGGGAAAGCCCUGCCGGAGAAAAAGAAGAAGGAGAUCUUCAAAAGGCUAAUCUCACCCAUCAUAGGGAAGAACAUUGGCCAGCAGUUCAAGGCAGCCAUCCAGAUCAUGAACCUGCCUCCAAUGUUCCGGCCUCAGAAGAUGGCCGUGGAAGAAGAUGCCGUGGCCUGCACCGACCUGCCCAACCUCUUUGAGCAGCAGUAGGCUUAACAGCAUUGUCAUCUGCUGUUCCUCACCUGCUGUCCAUCGUUUGCUCGCGACAUUCCUCGCUGUAUAGACCAUCGCAUUUUCCCCUACUUAAGGGACAAUACAUAUGGGUUUUACCAUGGCCUCCAACACCCUGAGACUGUGGGACAUCCGUGUGCGCCAGUUGAUCUUGGAGGCCAUGGUUCGCCGUUAGUUUCAUGGAGAGACAAGCAGGGGAGGAAAGCUAGCACUGAUAGUUGUUCAACUUCCCGUGGAAACGAUGAGGAGUUCAGGCGUUGGAUUGCCAUUUGUUGGCUCACGCUUUUACCACAGCAGAUUGACCUCUCUGGUUGUGCGAAAUUUGUUUUUGUCUGCUCAUUUUCAUUGCUUUGUUUUUCUGUAGCUAUUCUAUGUCAUGGCAUUGACACAAAUUUUUGCAUAAUUUCAUCCAUGUAUUCAUUUUACAGCUCUUCACAGAGCAAUUUCAUAGCAAUGUUAGAUGGCUGGCUUUAGUAGUUUAAUUCAACAACUUGACAGCAAUAGUUUACAACAUAAAACCCAGAAGUUUGCAAGUUCAGGACAGUUUAAUGCAUGUAAAACGCUUAAGCCCAGCGACAUUCGAGCAAUGUUCCAGGGGAUAUUACACAAAAUAUGCACUGUAUUGGUAAUGUAUGGCUGUGUCGUUCUUAUCCAAAAGAAAGCCAAUUCAAAAGCCAGCAAGUGCCAUAUCGCUCGCUAAGCUGUCAGCCAAGCCAAUCCAGUGCUUUUUACUUCUCAUUGUUUUCUUGAUUGUCGGAGAAAUGCUGAAGAAACCCACAUGGACGUCAGAGCCAGAACCCUCCAGCUAAGGUCUUUAAAGAAACUCUGUGGGCUUACAUCCUGAAUGUCGCAGGCGAUGUGUGAUUACCAUGAAGUGUCAUUCUAGCCAUGUUUCUGGGUGAUUCAAAGUGUUCUGUUAAGGUUUGUACAAGCUGUGUUUGUGUUUGGGCGUGUGAUGGGUGUGAUAGCUUGUCGCGCACGACCAGUCGUCAUUUUAAAAACUUCUACUUCAUCUGACGUGGUCUGGCAGCACAGAAGCUUUUGUCGCAUAAUAUUUGUGGUAAAGGUUGCCCACAGAAAGAAAGUCUAGUAUUGUACUGAAAUAUCGUCAUUAAGUGAAUGCAUUGACGGUUGACUACAGGACAAAGGCUUCAUCUCAACUCGUUAUGCAUGUCACUUUGCAAAGUGUGGUGGUUUCUGUGAAAUGUUACUGGUAAUGGUGUUCGUAGAAUCGUGCGGCAUGUUCAUUUUUUUUUUUGUGUAUAUGAUUUGCAUGUGUAUGAUUUGCAUGUGGCAUCAGUCCGAAUGUUUAAAGUUAACCUUUGAUGCAUUGUGCCAGUUCACAGCUUAAAAAAAUUAUAGUCGUGACUGUUCGUGAUGGUCGUGACACUAUGAGUGCAUUGACUGUUCGUCGCUUUUACGACGUCAGUUCAGUUCAACUUGUGCCACAGUUUUUCUCUUUUGAACUGGUUAUGAGUCUACACCUUGUGUCCUCUUUGCACCAGUAUGUUAGUGCCAUGAUUAGUAAUAAAAUAAGACGUCGUACGCUUAAUUUUACUUAUUGAUAAUGUGAUGAGUUUGUUACGUUAAACUCGUAUAUUCACUGCUACUUCCUUGAACUGAUGUGAAUUGUGGUUUUCAUUGUUUUGUUAUUGUUUCUUUCCUUUAGAGUGGUACUGACACAAAAAUUUUGGCCUCGCGUUUCUUUUGCUGCAAUGUGUUGCUGGGGGCCUGUUAGUCAUAACACGGCACAUCGUUUGCUGCAGCGCGCAAUAGAUAAUUAAUUACAGGCUCCUCAUUACCGACCAGUGUCAGUUUCGGUUUCAAAAACGACAAGCCUCCGGGUGCAACUAUCACCACCUAGCAGGUGCAGCGCUCGAUCAUGUCAGCACACAGAACUGUGACGCACUUCCACACGGUUCGCAAGCAGCUGCUGAGAAGUAGGCUGCUGGAGCAAAUGCGGCAAAAAAACAUGGCGGCUAUGACAUCAUCAUAACUUGUUGCAGCGUGGUCACGUGAGAGAAGUAGGGGGUCCCCAAGGGUCUCCUUUCAGGGAGUCAGUAGUGCGAGGAUGUCUAUCGCUCAUGCAAACUUCAAAAUUCAUUUAAAAUAACUUCCAAGCUAUAUUCACUGUUGGUAUUUUGCAGAUAAUAUAUGCAUGUUCACCGGAAUCGAUCCUGCAGGCUAUCUCAGCCGCGAAAUAUUGUGCCAGUACUCCUUAGAACAAGUCUGUGUGGAAAAAUUGUGAAUUUCAAUGUCGCCUGCGAAGCUGUGGUGAUCACUGAGUUGACGCCCAUACCCACAUGGGGGCCCUAGGGUUCCCCUCCCCUACUCCCGAAAGUCUGAUGGAGGGAGGUGUUUUACCGAAAAUAAAUAAUAAAAAUAGGUGUUUUUCUCAAAUAGUUGAGGCCUUCAGUUGCUGCCCCUAC